AUGAGACUCAUGUCCAGGAAGCGCCACCGGCAGCGCCGUCGCCGGAGAACUCGACACGAUGGAUUGAUUGCUUCAUUCUGUAAAAAGAAGUGCUCACUGCGCCAGCAAGAUGAUUAUUCGCAAAGUGCUGCUGGACUAAGACCGGGUCUCGACCUUCCAGAGGACAUAUAUCGACAUAUACAUGCCCUAAUGCCAUUACGAGACGCUGCUCGUGCGGCUUGUGUGUCGCACACAUUUCUGCAAUCAUGGAGACGCUAUCGCAACCUUACCUUAAGUAAGGAAACACUAGGUUUGAAUGUAAAUGGUAUUGAUAAAGAUGAAAUGGCAAGAGAUCUCAUCAGCAAAGUUGACGGUGAUCUCAUCAGCAAAGUUGACGGUAUUCUUAAGAAUCACUCGGGUGUUGGCAUGAAGAAACUAGAGCUUAAUCUCUACUGUUGCCGCAAGGUUGAUCACUGUUAUCUCAAUAGUUGGCUUCGCAUUGCUUUCAGAGCAGGGAUUGAAGAGCUCACCAUGUUGCUGUCUCUUACCAGUGAGGCAGAAUACAACUUCCCAUGCUCUCUUUUAUUCAGUGGGAGUGAAAAAUCAAUUCGGCAUCUUAAGCUCUCCAGCUGUGUCUUUCGUCCCACAGCUGAGCUUGAUUGCUGGAGAAGGUUGAAAGAGUUGCUGCUGACUAAUGUGCUGAUUACGAGCGAUGAGCUAGAGUGCCUUCUUUCCACUUCUUCCAUGUUGGAGUUACUGUGGCUCUUUAGAUGCAAAGAGAUAGUUCGUGUGAAGAUACCUUGUCAGCUCCAGCGGCUCAGCUUCCUGCGAGUGGGUGAAUGCAGAAAGCUCCAGGAGAUAGAGAGCAACGCUCCAAAUAUCUCGACUUUUGACAUCAGUGGCAGUAACUUGGUAAGGAUUUCAUUUGGAGGCGCAUUGCAAGUAAAGAACAUGAGGAUGUGUUCAUAUCAGCCCAACUUUAUCUGGUACACUCGGACCAAGCUUAUGCCAUCUGUACCGAAUGUUGAAACGCUUCGCAUAUCCUCGUAUAAUGAGAUGAUCAGUACACCAACACUACCUAGCAAAUUCCUGCACCUCAAAUACUUGCACAUUACUCUAAUUGGACACGAGGCUAUUUCACCGGCCUAUGAUUACCUUUCUCUGGUUUCUUUUCUUGUAGCUUCUCCUUGCUUGGAGACUUUUAUCUUUGUAGUACAUCAGACUGACAUGAAACAUGAUUCGAUUGUUGGGGAUAUCUCACAUUUGAGGCAGCUGCCAGAACACUGCCAUGACAACCUAAAGAGCGUAACGAUCGUCGGCUUCUGCUCUGCUAAGAGCAUGUUCGAAUUAACACUUCAUAUCAUUAAGAACACAUCAUCGCUUCAGUGUCUCACAUUGGACACCAGUUUCGGUUCUUAUGGCUGUUCAGUCGAUAAACCUGGCGGUUGCAACCCUAUGGGGAGGGAUAUAAUCAAGGAAGCCCAUAGAGCACUUUUGGCUAUCAGGACACACGUUGAGGGAAUAAUCCCCUCUAGAGUUGAGUUAAAUGUUUCAGGGCCUUGCAGUCGGUGCCAUGCUGUUGAACAUUAG